AUGAGCACAGAAAUUUCUUUUUCGUCAAGUGAAGCAGUAGUAAAAGCCCUAAAAAGUAAUACAAUCUCAGAUAACGAGAAAAUAAAAAUAGCCAAUAGUAUAUGGAAAGGGAAACAAGAACACGAAUUCGACACGUUUCCUCAUAAAGAAGUCUUUUUAGCAGAAUGGGUUAGUUCGAGUUUAGUAAAGUCUGUUGGAGGGAAGGCUGUUGGUGAGCAACAACUAGGUUUUGAAGGGACACAACAACAAGAACAACUAACAUCGCCAGCAUAUUUAAAUCAAGAGUAUUGGAUCUUGAUACAAGAUAUUCUUGAAUUCAUUACGAGAAAAUGGCAAACUGCGGUAACUCAUGAGAUUAAUUAUAUUGGCGCAUCUGAAUCAGCGUACACGAUUUUACAAAUUUUUCCCGGUGAUGACGGGGACUGUGAGAAAAUAUCAUCGUCGUUAUCAUCUGUACAUUCAGAAAACAUUACAAACACGAUUAGAACAAUCCGAAUACUUGCAAACUCUUUUAAUAAAAUACCCAUAACAAUAGCAUUUUCGGCUGUGGUGAAUUCUAUUGCUUCAUCUUUAGAUAAUGCGAAAAGAAUUCUAGAUUCAAAUGACGUGUCAACGAAAGCAACAGAAAUAUUGAAUAUCUUUGAACAGUCUUCCAAUCUAUUUCAAAUAGUUAUGCAGUGUUUUGACCAUUUUACAACAGCAUUCUCGAUAAAUUCAUUAGAUAUUACUAUGUAUAGACCAACGUUAGAUCAUUUGACUACUCUGGGACUGAAUACAUGUAACCUUUACCGAUCGUUAAUUCCCUUUGUGGAUCGUUCCUUUGACACCAUUUUUAGAAAAUCACAGAAAGAAUCACGAUUGGCAAAUUUGCUUAUAUCAGAGGCAAAAACGAAAACAGUGCGGGCCGUUAAAGCGCACGAGCAGAAGAAUGAGUUGGGAGAGACGUCGUACAAUUACGAGAAUGUUAUGUGUAUUUCUGAUAAUCAGAAAAUUAUCACGAUAAAAGAUGCAAUACAUACUGGCAACGUAUUGAAACAGAAAAAACGAAAAAGGCGUGAUGAACUCGACGGUGGCAAUGAUGAGGAUGAAAAAGUAACACCAUAUGAAGUUGCAUCUGUUUCAUCUUCAAUUAACAAUUUUGACGCCGGAAUUUUUGAUGACGAGGAUAAUGAUUCCUUGCUAUCGAGUAAAUUGAUUUCUUUGCGGAAAUUGAUUCUAGAAUUUUCGUCGAUUGUAUUGAGGUCUUUAGAAAAAAUUUUGCUAGCUAUUUCAAAUCCCAAAAAGGCAUAUAACAUAGUCUUUGGGAAACUUCUGAAUGAAUUACUACAAGCACGUCAUGUAUUACUCAUAAUAAAGGAAAAGUCUUUUAAAGAGGAUGAAGAAAGUGAUAAAAAUGAAGAAAUCAUACUUGACAAGACUAUAAAACAUAUUAAUCGCAUUAUACGAUUUGGACUCUUUCAACAAGAACAUCUUUUAGAAUAUGUUACUAUCGAACGUGAUGAAUCGUGGAAAUUGUCUUUAGAACAUAAGACAGAUAAGAGCAAUAACGAUGAAAAAGCGCCAAUAGCAUCCGGUUAUCAGAAACUUUUUUUUGACAGGAUCUAUAAUAUGAUGCAAAAUUCAUCAAUUGAUCGCGACGAAUUAUCAAAUCCUGUCGUUGUAAUGCAGGCCUUCCCAAUGCUGUUUCAGCUUUUUUUCGAAGAGAUACGCGAAAAAAAUGAAUCGAAUGAUAACAAUUCACGCACUCCGAUAAAACACUUGUCAUUAGACAAACUAAGAACUUUUGUCUUCAAUUUUUUCGUGGAAUUAUUGGCAUUAUUGAAUCAAAUAAUCUCAUUGGCAAUUUCUGGAAAGGAACAAAUGAUUACUUUGCAAAUAGCAUUAGGAACGCAAAACCAAUUAAUUUCAUUACUUUUACAUUACAAUAUCUAUCGGCCAUCCAACGAUGAAAUUUCGCAGCGACAAUUUGUGUUCUUACAAACUUUCAUGGAACGUCUUAUGAAUUUAGCAAAUUUGUACUCUAGAGAGGGAAUGAUACAGUCGUCGAUUUUCAAAACAAUAAACUAUGUUUUACAACUCGAUCUUCGAGUUGUCGAUCCACAUAUGGAAAAAUUAUGUGAAUAUUUAUUGUUGCCAUCGCUUGAUAGUGAUAAUGAAUGUAGAUCUUUAAUAAUUACGUUUAUAGAGAUUUAUGCAAAAUCGCGCGAAAUGGAACGAUUCUUACAAUGUAUUUUUAACGGUUUAAAAACCAUGAACGCCAAUGUUGUCACGUUACUACGAAAACCCCUAUACUCGAUCCAUGUAUCAAUCGCUCAAGCACAUGAAAUCAUAAACAUUUUCAUAAACGAAUUAAUUGGUACCUACUUCUCGGAGAAAAUAGCGACAACGUCAUACCAGAAAUCGAAUCCCAGGAAAAAAAGGAAAAUCAACUCAGAAAACGAGCAUUUAUCACCAAUCAAUGACGAUAAUAAUACAGCAGACCUACAAGUCCUUCCUUCUCCUGGACCGUUAAUAAUAUUAUUUAUUCACUUUUUGAAAGUUUUUAAAUCUGCUGCUUCUUCUCGAUUUAACGAACGAUUAAAAGAGCCUCUUCAAAAAUUAUUUGAUGGGUUUAUUUCGCCUGUGUUAUUAUCUCAAAGUUUCGACACAAUUCACGAAACAUUUCUUGAUCGAAUAAUCGUACCUACUUUAUUUUUACAUUGUUCGUUGGUGGAUUUGUUUUCAGUCUCUUAUUUGAAAAUAUAUUCUGCUAAGAAUUUUGUUGACGGAUUAUUUGAGACUGUGUCAAACAUUAAAACACCCAAAGUGAAGCUCAUUAUGAAUAAAAGUAUUUUUCAACAUAUUUAUCUUACUAAUAGCAAUAAUUUGUCGGUACAAACCCUUAUCACGACUGUUCUCGAAACUUUAUUAAAUAAUUCAGAAGAUACUGCCAGUUUAGAUUUCUCGUGGACCGGACAACUUGUUGACCUUACCGAAGAUAAUUUUAUGAUCGCGAAUGCCAAACUUAUAAUUAAUGAUUGGUUGGAUGUUGUAUGUAAUACAUGCCAAGAAAGCGAAUUAGUAAAUAUUGUUAGAUUUAUUAUAAAGAUCUUCACUAGUAGUUCAAUAGAUGGAAAGAAUUCGCAGGGUUCUAUCAAUCCUCAGGAAGUGAAUCUACAUAAUAUAUGCGUAGAAUUAGCUCGCUCAGCACAAUUUUUCGAAAUAUCGAAUAUAAGAGAUGUAUUCAUCAAAACCUUCUUCGAAGAAUUAUUUGGUUUCGUUAAACAACAAAUAAAGGACAAAAAGACAUUAAAACAACAAAACAUCACCGAGUUGCUCGACUUUCUUUUACCAAUAAUUUCACACCAGGCUAUUGUUACAACACCCAAUUUUUGGAAAUCAUUGCUGCCGUUCUUUAAACCAGAUUUACCAAUAACUCCAGCUGAAUCUUCGUUGUUUCCAAUUACCAAGGUCUCUGCGUAUUUCCGCACUUUGCUCAUAUUUCCAAUUGAAUACUUUGAGAAGAGAGAAAAAGACGCGAUAUUGGCAGUGGCCUUCAUCGUCGAAAAAUUAAUUCUGUCCUUAUUUCGAGCUAGAAAUUUAGCCGAUUUGAGAGAUAUAUUAGAAUUUAGUUUGGUUUGUCGGAGUUUGACGAAUAGAAUUGUUAAAAUUGGGAAUAGAGAAAAUAUUCUUCGGCAUUAUGGAGAAUUCCUUGAAUGGUGGAUGACUUCAAUUACUUCUCACAGUCGACAAAUAAGUGAAAUGAGACAGAAUUCGGAUGGAUCUGAUGAUGGAAAUAUUGUAACCUCACUUCAUUCGAACUUAGUUCAAAUAACCAGCGAAGUUUUAUACACAACCAUUUAUCAAGUUCUAAACCGAUCACGCGAUAAAGAUGUUCCAUUCAAUCAUGAAUACUGGAAGGGCGUAAUCAGUAUAUUCAAGACACUUUCAAGAAUUUCUUUGUCAAUCGACCAAUUUUCAAGUUGGAUAAAUGCUGUAAAUGAAAAAGAACUAGAGUUGGAAAAUAAUGUCGAUUUGCGAUUUCUUGGGGAUUUUUUGGAAGCUUGUAUGGAUUACUUUGAAAAGAAUAACAGAUCAACUCGAAUAUACAACCGCGAGCAAAAAACCAUUACAGAAAAGAAAAUUUGGGAUUCAUUUUCUGGAUUGUGCGCCUCAUUAGAACAAGACCUAUUGAAGAUUCUCGACCUUUGGGUUAAUAAUACAACAAACAAUUUGAAAAACGAUGAUAGAACGAAUCAAAAAAUAUGGGCACAAAAAUCUGCACAAAUGAAAAAUGUACUAAGGGUUUACUCUAUUUUACUAAGGCAUCAUCGUAUUUCGAUUGCACAUGAAAUAAAGAGCAAUAAUAAUAAUGGUGUUUCAUCGGCACUCGGAUUGUUGCCACGAUUCUUGACUUUACCCAUUCCCUUACUCCGAAUUGCUAUUGAGCCUAUUUAUAAUAAUAUAACAGAAAAAGAUAAUUUGAGAUUGCUCUACUCAUUUAACUCAGAAAUAGUUGAAAUUGCCACGACACUCUUUGCAUUGGCUUUGAAAUUUUUUGCGGAUUUUGAUCCCCCUGUAAGUGAUGUAACUAUUUCCAAAAUUAUGGCUUUGUUUUGGGUGAUGCUGAAGAUUGUUCAUGAUAAAGUUCCUAUUGCAGAACACCUAAAAUUUCUAUUCGGCAAUUUUAUUCAGAAACUGUCUAAUGAACAAUAUGAAUCCAUUAUCUUGUGUUUGUUGCAAAAGCUGGGUCAAUUGUCUUAUUCAUUUAACAGCAAUGUGGAACAAGAAAUUACCGUGUUUCUCGUCAUCGUUGAUUUGAUAUUUAGAGAAUCGAAACAAGAUCAAAAGAAACAAUUACGAAAAGAUUUCACGCAAACGUUGAGUGGAUUGUGCAGUAUUGGACAGACUACUAAAUUAUUGAAUAAUCGAAUACGUUUGCUUAAUGUAUUGGCUUCGAUUGUUGCUAAUAAGGAUUUUCAUCUAAAAGGAAAUGAUGUCUCAUUAGUGUUAUCCGCAUCAGUUACGAUAAUGUCCUCGUCUUUAUCAUCAACGAAUAGAGAAAAUACAGACGCAACCAAAAAAAAUACUAAAAAAGACAUCUUUGAUGCGACAUGUUGUCUGUUGCACAACUUAAUUAGAUACAAUCGCGAACAACUAGCCAGCUCUUUCCCUUCGCAAAACAUAUAUAAUGACGGUCAAACCCAUAAUGGUGUUCACAAUAAUAAUGGUGAAGAACCGUUAUCAGUCUUAGACGCGGAGAAACUAUCCAGAUUACUAAUGAUAUUAUCAAAAAAACAACUAAGCACUCAACAACCAACCAAUAAUGAUCAUGAACGAGUUGAUCCAACUAGCGCUUCCUCACAAAAAGUGUUUGCAAAAUAUAUACCAUUUGUGAUUGUAGAGUAUCUCGGAGCACAAGUCGAUGGCCGAUUCUCGCCGCAAAUACGAGACGCACUAAAAAGUGGCGUGUACGCAUUACUCGAUAUGUGUGGCGAACGUGAACGUGAUUUGAUUAUGGUUGCGUGUGGUAAAGUCGGGAAAGAAAUUUUUAAAAAUUUGUGGAAGGAGUACCAGAAUGAGUGGAAAUAUACUGGGCGCGGGUGA